AUGAUUCAAGAUCAUCAUGAGUUGGCAAUUAGCAGUGUUCCAACCAAUAAUAACAAUGGCAGUAACAGACGCACCACCACCGGAACACCUUCAUCAAAUCGUCCAUCCUCGAUGCGAUUCAAAUCACCCGAGAGUGAUCCUUCUCACUCCUGUGAUUCAUCAGUGAUGAGUAAUAGUUCCAAUAGUAGUAGUAGUACUUGUUGUUGUGAUUUGACUGAAAGUGAUUCUUCAAAUCGAUUUGGAAUAUAUUUGGCAAAUUCAGGAUCACUCAUACAUGACGAUCAGAGCUCUGUUGAAUCAUCAUCAUUGAUUUUCAAGAGAGGAAUUGAUGUCAUUGAAUUUAUAUCAAGGACUUUACAGGUUCAUGCUGAUGAGGUGUUAGUCAUUGAUAGAAAUGGAAAGAAACUGAAAAACGACUCGAUUUGUUCGGAAAUUUUUAAAAAUAGUGAUCAGUUGUUUGUCUUUAUUGCCAAGACUUGGCGAGACAAUAUUCUCAAAGCAUGUCUUGAAAUCAAAGAACAACAAUCAAAAGAGAGUAUCACAAAUAGCGCUCAACAAUUAUUUCAAGAUUUGUUGGAUGGUUGCAUGAAACAAUACGAUGCAAUUCAAUCCAUUGUUAAAUAUUUUAAUUCAAUGAAAGACAAAUCUCAAUGUAUCAUUGAGACCAUCAAGAAGAGAACUCCUGAAUUGCAGCACAUGAAUCUCUCUAAACUGAAAAAUAUUUAUGUGAAUAACAAUUUAGGAAAACCAAAAUCACUGAAUGAACAUUUCAAUAAUGUAGAAGAGCAAAUGAAAGCAUUUAUAGAAAAAUUUAAUACAAGACUGGAAGAAUUGAACAAGACCUCUAUUGGCAUUUCCUUAAAUAAGGACAAGAUUGAGAAUUUGUUUUUAGAAAUUGCUGCUGGUAAAGAUGAUCCUUCCAAAUGGAUGAAUUGUAUCAUAGAAUUGCGACACAUACUGAACUCUAUACUCCGGUCAGAUAUUUAUCAACAAUUUUCGAAUUUAUCCAAGCUGAGCAACACUCAAAGUAUUUUAGGACACUUUUAUCCACGAUUUAAGGCUAUGGAUCAUAUGGAUGAAAUAUAUGAACUGACUCGCCUCGAAUUAUUUCAACGAAACGUAUUUUGUGGAAGACUCCAAACAACCAUUGAUGAGCUGAAUAAACUCAUCAAACAGGAAAAUGAAAGAAGGAUCUCAUUCACAACCAUGAUCAAAGAUUUUGAAAAAACUCAUGCCUAUCGAUAUCUGUGCUCUCUAGUGCCUCGAAUGAAUCAUCGAGUGCAAGAAAUUGAACAACAAUUGAAUCAAACACCUGACAUUGAACUCUCAGAGUCAGAAUUCAAUUCUAUUCUUGUAAAAUAUAACUCCCUCUAUGAACAAUAUAAGAUCAAAUACUCGUUUCCAGAGAUAGAAGAAGCGUCAUGCUAUUCCAUGCUCACUUUUAAAACACUAUCCUCCAUUGAGCAGAUAAAAUCAAGCAAAGAUAAUUUUGAAGAGAAUAGUAUGAAAAAGAAUUUCGAACAAGAUUACUUGGAGAGCGUGACAGAAAUUCAAAAUUUAACCAUGGAAAUUGAUUCUUUAAAAUCUGAAAUUGACCGAUUCAAACAAUACAACCACAACUUGCAAUUAGAAUUACGAAACAAACAUGAAUUGGAGAUGGAAAUUCAAAAACUAAAAACAAAGAUCACGAGCAUUGAGAAGGAGCAUCAUUCAGCACUCAACGAAAAUGAAUCCUUUAGAACUAAAAUUGUAGAUUCUGAAAAUCAAUUGGCCAUACUAAGAACACAGGUCUCAUCAAUGACAGAGAAAUAUUCUUUAUUGCAAGAACAAUACCAAUCACUCCAACAUGAAAAUGAACAAAUGACUGAAAAAUGUAAACAAGUGUCUGAGAAUUAUGACAAGUUACAAAACAAACAUCAAGAUGAUAUAGAAAAAUUACGCAAUAACGUCUCUGACUUGGAAAAAAAAGCUUCAGACAUGCUGGAGCAUGAAUCACAGUUGAAAAAGCAAAUCUCUGACUUGCAAAAUGAAAAUCAAUCCCUCACAAAGAAGUACGAAGAACACAAGAAACAACUCGAAUCUACAAUGUCCUCCCAAAACGAAGAAAUUGUUAACUUUAAAAAGAAAUUAGAUGUACUCGAAUAUGAAAAUAGAGAAAUUGUCCACAAACACGAGAUUACCUCUGCAAACGAAGAGUCUGAACGACUUAUUCUUGAAAAAAAGGUUGAAACUUUGAAUCAAAAAUUAGAAAUGGCUCAAGUUAAAGUUAAAGACUUGACAGAAUCACAUGCAACGGAAAUGGAAUCUUUGCGCAAAUUGUUAGAAGAGUGUGAAUGUUCUCGUCGAGAGACUGAAUCAAGAAAUGUUCAAUUUUCGCUUGAAAUUCACCACUUGGCAUCUGAAAUUCAAAAGUCUAAGGAAGAAAAUUAUUUGCAGGAGGCAAAAACGGUGAAUUGUUUGGCAGUACUUGACAUUCUGCUUAACGAGUUGAUGGCUUUCCUAGUUCACCACAACGAUUUGUGCCAAAGAUUCCCUAAUCUUGGAGCAAGAGCUCAAGAUAUCUCAUCUCUGCAUGAGCAACUGGAACUGCGAAAAGUAUUGGAAAACAUGAACAAAGAAUGUGUGGAUUACACGGUGGUGAGUAAAAUCAAGGAUGUCGUACGGUUAAUUCUCCAAGAGUUGGAUCAAUCAACUGAGAACAUUAUACCCAACCAAAGAUGA